AUGACUGCCACAGUCGAAAAAGCCAAGAAGCUUCUUGUCCCUAACGGCGCUCAGUCGCUAAAGAAGACCACCAGCUCCUCCAAGGACAAGCAGGUGGACGACCUGAAGCGCAAGGCCGCCAAGAAGGAAAAGCACCAGACCAAGAAAGCGAAGAAGGAGGCCCGCGCCAAAAUCACCGCUGACCUGAAGAGCUGCAUCAAGGAACUGAAGGCAGCCUGCGACGAGCUGAACUUCCGCAAGGAUCUGCUCGUGGAGUCUGUUUCCAAGACCCUCGAUAUGGCCCUGGCUACCAUGCGCGAGAUCGAGGUAUUUGAGGAGAAAUAUGGCGAAAAGUAA